AUGGGCGCACGAGAGGCUUCUAGCCCGAGCGAUGAGGCUUUGCCGUAUCCUACGGAGCAGGCCAGGAUAGAUCAAGAGACUGCUGAUUUGGAAAGAUUGGGAAGAGAGCGCCCAAAGUGCUUUGCUGGCCCUUGGUCAGAGGUUUCUUUUUGUCUCUCCAUUUUCAUGUCCCAAAUCCUUGCAGAAUACUACAUCUCAGGCUCAAAUGUCCUCCUUCCAACGCUUGUCAAAGAGCUUGACCUUCCCGAAGCCUCCACGAUAUGGCCGUCUACCGCAUUAUCGCUGGUUGUAACCUCAACGCUCCUCAUCUUCGGCAGAUUAACGGAUAUGUUCGGUGGAUAUAUUAUUUACAGCGCAGGCGCUAUUUGGCUCACUAUAUCAUCCAUCCUAUGUGGCGUCUCCCAAACAUGGCUGAUGUUGAUUAUCUGCCGAGCAUUGCAGGGUUUUGCUCUGGCUGCUUUCCUUCCAUCGGGAAUCAUGAUUCUUGGUAGCACAUACAGACCGGGACCGAGGAAAAAUAUGGUCUUCAGUAUCUACGGUGCAUGCGCGGCAUUGGGCUUCUUCGUGGGAAUUUUCUUCUCUGGACUCUCCGGUGAAUACCUCACCUGGAGAUGGUACUUCUUCUUUGGAGCGAUUCUCUCCGCUAUCACAGCAGCGUUGUCACUCUUCUCUAUUCCGCGCGAUUAUUCCGAGAAGAGAAAACUGGGCAUCAGGAUGGAUUGGCCUGGAGCGUGUCUUUCUAUUCCGGCCGCUGUACUCUUUGUUUUUGCCAUUGCUGAGAGUUCCUAUGCGCCACAAGGAUGGAAAACACCAUACAUCCCUCUAUUCUUCGUUCUUGGCUUCAUUCUCCUUGGAGUCAUGGUUUAUGUGGAAGGGUGGGUCGUGGAGAACCCUCUGCUACCUGGUGACGUUUUUCGAGUCAAGUAUAUGCUCCCUCUGGUCAUCGCUUUGCUAUUUCUUUAUGGUACAUUGGGCAUAUUUUUGCUCUAUGCCGUGCUUUAUAUGUCUGAGAUAAUGGGUGCUUCCCCAAUGCAAAUCGUGGGAUGGACUGCGCCUAUGGGAAUUGGUGGUCUUAUUCUCUCCGUGGGAGGAGGGAUGAUCUUCCACAAAGUCCCAGGAACGAUAUUGAUGUUGAUAUCAUGUCUUGGUUACGUGGGUUCUGGAUUGUUUUUCGCAGUUAUCCCUCUUGGCGGAAAUUACUGGGCUUUCGUAUUCCCGGCGAUGAUAUGCGGCACAGUCGGCAUUGACAUCAGCUUCAAUGUUGCCAAUGUCUUCAUCACUACAAACCUUCCAAAAUCAAGGCAAGGCUUAGCUGGUGCAUUAAUCAACUGCACUCUGCACAUGGGAAUUUCUGUGAUGCUUGGUUUUGCAGAUAUUGUUCAUACCCAGACAUCUGAGCUAGGUAGUAAAGACAGCUAUAAGGCUGUCUUUUGGUAUGAAACCGGACUAGCCAUACUAGGCCUUCUUAUUGUCGCUUUUUUCGUGCGAAUCCGAGAGGCUAAGAGCGAGUUUACACUUGAUGAAAGAGCAGCAAUGGCAGCAGGGGGCAAUGAAAGAGCUGCCGAAGUCUGA